AUGAAGUCAUCACUCUCAGAUGCUCUCUUCCUUCUAUUCUUCAUCACAACACAGUCAAUCUGCUAUACAACCACUAACGCUGCUGGUGAAAAUGUAGUGAAAGAUGCAACCGGGAAAAAGGUCCUGAAUGGCGUUCCCUACCACAUUGCUCCAGUGAUAUCGGCUAAUGGUGGAAGAAUCAAGCUAACCGACACAAUGAACAAUAACAAAAUUUGUCCAUUCAACGUGGUGCAGGACCCUGCCGACGUUAACCUAGGUGGCCAGUUCAUGUUCACUCUCAUUGGUAAGAAAAAGUAUCUCUUCACAUCAAGCAUUCUUGCGAUUGAUUCGGGGUAUCCAGAGGGUGCUUGUGAGAAGUCGACAUUUUGGACAGUCCCCAAUGUCCUAGAACCACCACCUUCGAACUUGAUUACAACUGGUGGCGGUUUCGACCAAUCUUUUACAUGUUUCCAGGUUGUGGAGUAUCCUAAGCCAACAAGUCCGAAGGUGCACAGCUACAUGCUUCAAUACUGUCCCUCGUUUUGUGGUGCAGGUCCUGGAACAUGCUUUAACGUAAGCAUUUACUUACACAGUGGAGUCAGGCGUCUUAUUGCUGCCACUGGUGGUACUCCUUUUGAGUUUGUGCUUUAUAAGCUUUCCAAGUAA